AUGUCGACUCCUGAUCCUCCGGUUCCCGAGGUGUUCCCCAUCUACCCUGAUCUUGCUGGAAAAGUUGCUCUCAUCACAGGUAUUGGCCAGGUUGGACCUGCCGAUAGCCUUUUCUGGGGUAACGGCGCUGCCACAGCCCGCCUCCUGUCCCGCAAUGGGGUCAAGAUUUUCGGCUGCGAUCUUCACCUCGCUGCUGCUGAGCGUACCAAGACUCGCAUUGAGGAAGAAGACCCCAAGGCCGUGGUAGACGUCGUUGCUGCCGAUGUUAUGAAGCCCUCAGAUGUCGAGGCCUUGUUCCAGGCUGUUAUGGAAAAGCAUGGAAGAGUUGAUAUUCUCAUCAACAAUGUAGGACAAACGGCGGCUGGAAACCCAGCUACCAUGUCCGAGGAUCUUUGGAGCCGUCAAAUCGACCUUAACCUUACCUCCGUUUAUCGCCUAUGCCACCACGUUCUGCCUGUCAUGCAGAAGCAAGGUUCCGGAAACAUUAUCAACAAUGCCUCUAUUACAGCUAUGCGCUAUAUCGGAAAGCAUCAGAUUGCAUAUGCCUCUGCUAAGGCUGCUGUGAUUCGAUUUACAAAGGCUGUUGGUGUUAUGUAUGCCAAGGAAAACAUCCGAUCCAACUGUGUGGUGCCGGGAUUAAUGUACACGCCUCUUGUUGAUAAUUUUGCCCGCAGCGAUGACCCGGGUGACCGCGAAGCCGCAAAGAGAAUCUUGGACCACAACUGCCCGAUGGGAUGGAUGGGAACUGGAGCCGAUGUAGCAAAUGCCGCUGCCUGGCUUGCAAGCGGAGCAAGCAGAUAUGUAACCUCCCACGAACUCGUUGUGGAUGGGGGAAUCACAGAAAGCACGGGAACUGGAUUUCUCGCACAAUAA